CCGAGGUGUCUCUCUCCUUCCCCCUCUCCCCUGGGUGCAGGGCGGCUGAGCCCCCCAGCCUGCACCCUGCGCAAGCACAAGACCAACAGGAAGCCCCGGACGCCCUUCACCACGGCCCAGCUGCUGGCCCUCGAGAGGAAGUUUCGGCAGAAGCAGUACCUGUCCAUCGCCGAGCGCGCCGAGUUCUCCAGCUCACUCAGCCUCACCGAGACCCAGGUGAAGAUCUGGUUCCAGAACCGCCGUGCCAAGGCCAAGCGGCUUCAGGAGGCUGAGCUAGAGAAGCUGAAGAUGGCAGCUAAGCCCAUGCUCCCACCCGCUGCUUUUGGCAUCUCCUUCCCGCUGGCGGCCCAGCUGUGGCCGGUGCCUCUCUGUACGGCGCCUCCAGCCCUUUCCAGCGGGCAGGGCUGCCUGUGGCUCCCGUGGACUGUACACGGCACACGUGGGAUACAGCAUGUACCACCUCACAUAGAGCUGAGCCCUGCUGAGCUCAGCCUGCCGGCUCUCCGCUCCCGCCGGCUCCGCACGCACUCCCUCCCUGCUCCUCUGGCUCCUUGCUGCGGACUUCCCCACGGGCCCUGUGGCAGAGACUGCUCCAGUCUGGUUCUGCUCAGCCUCUCUGCUCCCCCCUGUGAUGCUGGCCCACCCUGGUCCAGUACUGUUCGGCUCUCCUCAGCAGUCCUGAGACCAGCUCAGCUCUCCAGCUGGCAAAACUUGAGGCAUCACCCCAGCACUGGGCGGCAAUGGGCCAGGCCUGCCCCACUUCCCCAGGUCCGGCUGGCAGCCUGGGGAAAGCCCCCUGCUGUGGGGGAAGGAACUGUGGAAGAGAAACGGCAAAAAGGGGGCUGAAAGACAGGAUGUUUCUCUUACUUUCUGCAAGGCGAGGUCGAGAGACACAAGUGUAGAGCAGCCUCUCCCGUCCCUGUGUAACAGCACCGUCUGUUACUUGUGUUUGUUCUUCCACCAGCUCCUUUGGAAGGGGCUCUGUGUACUAUGUAAUAUACUGUAUAUUUGAAAUUUUAUUAUCAUUUAUAUUAUAGCUAUAUUUGUUAAAUAAAUUAAUUUUAAGCUAC